GCUUCCGAAUUCUUCAGAUGUUCAGUAUGGAGCUUGGAAAAGCAAAAUUACUGCGGACUGGAGUUAAUGUAUUACAUCAAGCUGUUCAUCCACUCCAUGGGAUUGCCUGGACAGAUGGAAAACAGGUUGUUCUCACCACCAUUCACCUGAUCAAUGGUGAGGUCAGGUUUGGCGACAGCAAUGUCAUUGGAAGUUUUGAACAUGUCAGUGGCCUUCACUGGGGUCCUGUUUGUUGUACAGGGACUUUGGCACUGCUUGCUGUGCAGCAUAAAAAGCAUAUAACAGUAUGGCAGUUACAAAAUAGCACCUUGGAACACAACAAGCUUUUGGUUUCACAGACAUGUGAACUGGGAGAAAUCUUUCCAAUAUUGCAACAAGGCUGUGUGUGGCAUCCAAAAUAUGAUGUCUUAGUGGUAUUAACAAAGAGAGAUGCCUCUGUAUUGUUUGCAGUACAGAUUGACAACCGUAGAGUUAAAGCAGAUAUCAAAGGUAGUGGUUUGAUUCACUGUGCCUGUUGGACUACAGAUGGAAAUCGUUUAGUGAUUGCUAUAGGCAGUGCCCUUCAUUCAUACAUAUGGAAUAAUAACCAAAAGACUCUUCACGCUUGUAAUUUCUGCCCCAUAUUUGAUGUUGGAGGAUGCAUCUGUGCAAUAGAGGCAUGUUUGGAUUUUCAAGUGGUUGUGACAACUGAAUUACCCCUUGAUAAAAUCUGUGGUCUAAAUGCUGGUGCUGCGUUUGAAGUUGUUCCUACAACAGAAACUGGAUCCUUGAUGUCAAGACCUACAACGCUGGCAGUUGAAGAAAACCAAUCUAUUAAUGUGAGAAGAAAAUCAGUAGAUUCCUCAAGGUCUUUGACAGAAGGCCCAAUGCUUUCACCAUCUGGCCCAUUAGAUCUGACUCAUCUUCUGGCAACUCAUCGUAAAUCUGAUCCUAGCCCCCUUAUUCACCUGAAGCGCAAGGAUUGCCUUACUGGAAGUGGUCAUGAUUCAUCACAUCUGAUUUUAGUAACUUUUGAGAGAAAGGUGACAACAACUAGAAAAGUAAGCAUCCCUGGGAUUCUGGUCCCUGAUAUUGUGUGUUUUGACCCUCGUCGAUGUACAAUUGCUGUAUCAUCAAAUAAUUGUAAUAUAAUAUUUGUGUAUUCAGUAACCUCUUCAAGUAUGCCCAACAUUCAGCAAAUACAGUUGCACAAAAAUGAACGGCCAAAGGGUUUGUGUUUUCUGACUGAGAGACUACUAUUACUCUUAGUUGGGAGGCAAAAAAUAAAUGAUCUUGCUUUUCUCCCAUCUUCAAAUUCAGACCGUUAUUUAAUCAGACUUAUGACUAAAAAACUAUUGCUGGAUGAUGGUUCUGCAUCAUCAGAGACACUUGGGCAGCCUGGAAUUAACAUCUCUGGAAUGAAGAAAUACUUUGAAGAUCUGUCCAAGGAAGAGCAAUUUGCAGGAAAAGAACUAUUAUUGCCAGGAAAUAGUGCAACUCGAUUUCCAAACAUUAGAAAGGGAUUGAUAGAGGAAGUAAGGAACAGCUGUAGUGAACAAAGCUCAGAAGCAAGUAUGCCAAAAUCAGCAGGGCGAGUCUCACCAAGUGACCCGACAGUGAUCUUAGGCUACAAUGCCAAUGAAUCUGUAAAUGGCUCCGUAGAUAAUCACGGACAAGGCACACCAAACAGGACUUUGAUUAGCUCCGUCUUGUUUAAUGGAGACCAAAUUACACAGUCGCCUGCUGGUGCUUCACUGAAUAUUGGUGAUUAUACAAAUGACAAAAUGGAACAACUGUCCAAAAAAAUGGACAGAUUAUUUGAGAGCUUAACAGAGAUAAAGCAGUGCCUUUCUGAAAUAUCAGAUUAUACCAAAAAUGGAAAGAAGUCUUCAGUAACCUAUUCAUCUGAUCCGUCCAUCCUUUAUGUCAUCUAUCAGAAAAUGCUGCAAGAAAAUACUAUUGUGGAUGAAAAACGAGCGUUUACCCUUUGUGAAGGCAGGCUUCGUCUAAGUAUGGUGCAGGAAGUUUUUAACCUUUUUGCUGUUGAAAUGUUUCAUGGCUCUAACUGGAUUGUGCUAACGGCAGAUGAUGAUGGAUUUGCUCCAUUAAUGUUCAAACCAAAUCAGGAAAUUAUUAUUCGUGAUGGGAGGCUAAGUACAGGACCUGUAGAAUUCCCCCCACCUCCAUCUCCAACCGACAGUAUCAAUUUAGAAACCCGGAGAACAAUGUAACCUGCUCUGCAUGUGGUCACAUGUAGUGAAGUACUUUCUUUAACCUAGUUAUUAUGUAUUGUGUUCAUAUAUGAGAAAAUGAAUAAUGAAGUUCGAAUUUAUAUGGCAUGGUGGCUGAUCCAUAAAGAGUUUGUUCUUGUCUUUUUGUUGGAGUCUGCAUUGGAAAUGUAAAGAUUGGAGUAGGUCAUUCCGGUUCUCAAGACUGUUCUGUCAAUCAAUUGCUUAUAUAGCCCUUAAAUGCAUUAAUCUGCUUUGGUUGAAUAUCCUUUUAAACUCUUGGCUCGAAAAAAAAAUUGAUCAGUCUGCGAUUUAACAAUAUUAAUUGAGCUAGCAUUUUCUGCUUCUUGUGGGAGAAAAGUGCUCAAAGAAAUGUUUCCUAACUCACCAUCUGAGUGACCCAGUGAUGAUUUUACAGUUACAUCCAUUUGUCCUAACUGCUGAGCCAGCAGAAAAGGUUUCCCACCAACCACCCAAUCAAUUCCUUUCAAUUUCUCAAAUUCCUCCAUUACUCUCUUCAGUCAUGGCAAAACGUUCCCGAGUUGCUGGCCUUUAUUCAUAGAGUAGCUUUAAUGUAAGUAUCACAAGGUUUUUCACAAAAAAAUGUAAAGCAAAAUGUCACAACAAAUGACAUGAUAGGCCAGGUGACCAAAAGCUUGGUCACAUCAUAAGUUUUGAGGAGGUUCUUAAAUUUGAAAGUGAAGUGGAGAGAUGUAGAGUGGAUUUCCUGAGUUUAGGGCCUACACAGCUGAAGGCUGCAAUGAAAAUUAGAAAUGCUUAAGAGUUCUGAAUUAGAUCAGUGCAGGUAUGUGUUAGGAUUAGGAGACAGGUGGAGAUUGUGAAGUCCUAUGAUCGUACAGAGUUGGCAAUAGUUGUAACAUGCAUGUGUGGUCAGAAGUUUGUCUCCAGGCCAAAUAUGGCAAUAAGGUUGCAGACUGUUUGGUUUUGUGUCAGACAGUUGCCAGGAAGGGUGGUGAUGAGUAUCAUCAACAUAUAUGAAAACUCUCACUGCUUUCAGAAGAUGCCACUGAUUGACGUUGAAGUUGAGAAAUAAUAGGUGGCCAAGGAUAGAUCUUUAGGGGACAUCAGAAGUCAUGCUGAAAGAGCAGAAAGAGAAACCUCUUUACCAGUGUUUCUCCAGCUAUGAUUCGGAUUGAUAAGAAUGAAGCCAGGUGAGUUCUUUGUGUUUGAAUGAUAGUGAGGAGAUUUUGAACGACUGUGGUAUGAUCAACAGUAUCAAAGCCUGCACACAUGUCCAGAAAGACAAGGAGGAAAUGUUUACUAUUAUCACAGUAAUACAGAGUAUCAUUUGUCACUUGAUAGAACUGUUUUAGUAAUGUGCCAUGGCAGAAAUCUGGACUGGAAGGAAUGAAACAUGGAGAUUUUGGAAAAAUAGGCAUGGGGGAUUUGAGAUUCAACAACAUGUUCAACAGCUUUGGAAAGAAAAUGGAGGUGGAAGGGAAGUUUUCAAGGUUGCUGAGGUUGUGGUUUUGUUGGGUUUUGAUGACAGGCCUGAUAGCAGAUUAACAAUGCCAGCUAACCAGGGAACCCUGAGUGCAGUUCGGAAAGAAGCAGUUCAAUAAUAAUAGAAUUGAGAGCAUAAGAAAAGGGGUUCAAGGACAAACAGUAUGAAAGCUCAGAGGCUGAAGGAAGCUAUGAAUUCAGGACUAUGACAGGAAGGCACUGCUGGGAAAAAUUUGGUCAAGUAGGUUGUUGGAAGGUUUCAGAGCUGUUGGAUGAUCAUAAUCUUAGUGACAAAAGGCCAGGAGUAUCUUGCAUUAAUUAAGGCAACUCUAAUCACAGGUUACCCCAGCAAAAAACAACCAAAGCUUUGGCUUAUGUCGCGAAAGUGGAGUUCAGCUAAGCUCCAGUGUGGACACUUCAUGACACGGGACUGAUUGGAACCCCAGCACUCACUAAAUUCCCUGGGACUGGCGCUACUUGUGAUAGUUUAUAGGUAAAGCAUGGUGAGCAUCCUGAUGGUUUUCCAGCAGUGAAUGUGCUUACCUCGUCAGGUAGAUGAAAGAGCCUCCCUCUGACCAUUCUGCCUUGAAAAGAAUCAACAGGGGUGGUGUAUACCCACAUUUACUCUUGUGUGCUCUCAGAAAUUCUUGGCAGAGUUUAAUCUUCUUUUCCCUAGCUAUGAAAGAAUGGUUUGAAAUGUUUUAUUUCGGGUUUUUUUAAUCCCAGUGUUGCUAUUACAGGUAAUUAAAACAAGAGGAUAAAGUCCUAAAUUAUAAAAACAUAUCCAAUCCAAAAUGUUUUAAACGGUAAAGAUUACAAAGUUCUAUUAAAAUAAAACUUAAUGAUUUUUAUUUAGAAAAUGGUUGGAAAAACUCAGCAGAUCUGGCAGUAUCUGUGGAGAGAGAAACAAAGUUAAUGUUUUGAGUCCAGUCUGACUCCUCAUUGAAACCAAAGAAGAACCAUACCUGACACAAAACAUUAACUCUGUUUCUGUCUCCACAGGUGCUACUGGACCUAUUGAAUUUCUCCAGGACUUGAAUUUUAAUUCUGAUUUCUAACAUUCUCAGUGUUUAGUUUUUGUUUAUUUCCUUCAAAUGUCAUUUCUGGAGUGGAAUUUUAGCAAAAUUUAAUGUUUUUAAGAAAUUAUUUUAUUUUAUUUUGAAGGCCAUCCUGUAAAAGACGGUUUUGUUCAGAAUAAUUUAUUGACUUUUGUUUAGAUAUUUGCAGCUACAAAUUAUUACCUUAGAAGAAGUUUUAUAUAUGUGUGAAAUAUAAGGAUGCGCUUGUGAAGCGUAUUAGAAAAUGAAGUACACACUGAGCCACAUAGGCUUAAUCAGGUCAGAUCAUCAAAAUCCCAGUCAAACAACAAGGUUUGACGGAAUAUCUUAAAAGAAAGUGAAGUAGAAAGGCAGGGAGGACAUUUUAAAGCAGAGGCUUAGGUAACUGAAUGCACAGCCACCACUGAGAUAAAAUCAGGGAGAACUUGAGAACUGAAUUAAAAGGAGUACUGAUUUCUCAGCAGGAUAUGGGAUUGGAGGAGAAAGAAUGAGAUGAGAUCAUGGAGGGGUUAGAAAGGUGGGUCAGAUUUUUAAAAUCUGGACACUGUUUCACUGUGAGCCAAUGUUGUUUAAGUAAUACAUGUUACAUUCGUCAGACUUCUCACAUGAGCUCUUCAGAUUUUGAAACCAUGGAUGCCUUUGUCCUGCAUGCUGCUCAAUUGUUGUCAACAUUGUAAUUUUCUGAAUUACUGCAAUUUUAGCUUAAAACAACUUUCCAUCUAGCUGCCUUCAAAACUCAAGGAAGCCAUGCUAGCACUUAAAAUUGAAAAAUCAAAAGAUCACAGCAGGAUUGGCCAUUUUUACACUUGCCAACCUGUAAUUUCCUGUACAUUUAUUUAACAAGCAGAGAAUUGUAAUUGACAAAUGAAGAAACUGAAAAUUGCAGCCCUCCAGGAGGACAACUGAUCACUGUGGUAUUUUUUGUAGUAACAGGAAGAUUGAGGUAUUAUUAGAGAUAAAGAAACAAAUCAACAGUAUUCAUUUGAAUUAUUUCCUCAUUUUGUUGAAGCUGUAGUGAUUCCUGCAGCAAAAUCUUUUUUAAGAGAUCACCUAUGUCUAAGUAUCAUAAAUCUUAGAAGUCUGACAUUCACGUAUGUGAAGUAACCUGGAAGUUGGGGACUAGGAUUGGAGCAGAUAGUUUUGAAUGUGAGAAUUCUUCAGAAUGAUUUUAAGACUCACUUAGCUUUUUUAUUUCUACAACAAAUGAUAAAGUGCAUUUUUUUGCAUUGGAAAGAACAAGAAUAUGAAAUUAACAGCAAACUGUGAGAAAUGUAAGGAAUUUUAAAAUUUGUCAUUUGUAUUAUAACCAAUCAAGUCAAUGAAGCAGGUACUAUUCUUAGUCCAGUAUCAUAUUGUAAAGAAAGUACUUUGUGAAGACAGCAGACUGGAGUACCUGUUUCUGUAUCUUCAUCUAGCGACAUUUCAGCUCACCACAAUAAUGUGCUGGCUACUUUUCUCAUCAGGAGUCAUGUAAGUAAUUUAACUGGACUCCCCAUUUCUGACGUGUCAUCUGUUUUUAGAAGGAACAAAGAACAACUGAACCCAGGCGUGGUUCUUUCUGUAACCCAGCCAGCAGUUUCUGAGGUUUUCAUUCAAAUUGUUUACAAAAUGGUUUUUUUUAUAAGUCUUUUUCAAUGAAUGUCCUUUUUCCGUCACAAUUUUUAAAUAGUCCAUAUGAUAUGUACUAGAUGGAUGAACCAGCAUUGAUGGUGUUCAGUUUUACUGUGAUGCAAAUGACUACUGCAUCAGGUGACAAUUCACAUCACUUGCGUCAUGUUUUGGAAUGCCCAUGAGUAUUUGGGGGUGGAUGUUUUCUACACAUCCCAUUAGAUUUGGCAGAACACCCAAAGAGUGUGAAAUGUCAAUUGAAAAUACUGACAACUGCUGUUGUACCCAUAUCUGGAGUUACCUCAACUGCCUGGUAUAUUUUCCAGUUAAUGUUACUCCAGUCUAUUUGCACACUUUUUAACUAAUAGUGACUGAAAAUGAAAAAUAAAUUAUUUUACCCAAAGCAUUCGGUCUCCUGUUAUGAAGUAUCCUUUAAGUUGGCUGUUUAAAAUCAAUUACAUCAGUAUAUACACUUUUAAUUACAAAUAAUAGUUUUGAGCAGAGAAUUGUAUGUAGAAAUCUCUGGGAAAUUGCAUUGUGCAACUUCAAAGAAAACCUCAAGUAUUGAACAACUCGGCAAAUUGAAAGAUCACUUAUUACAUUUUUUGUUUUGUUUUGCUAAUCUAAGUGAAAGCUAUAUAUAACAACAAUAAUUUGUUUCUCAGACAAAUCUAUAGACAUUGGAUUUGAUUUAUGGAACACAUAAUAACAACAGAGAACCCUUCCUACUGCCAGUUUAUAUUGUUAAGUUGCCUUUAUUAUACUUUUUCCUGGGAGAUCGACACUAAGUGGUCAAAAUAUUGGUUGCUGAAGUAUUUCUGAGAUGUCUGUUCAAACCAGGAAGUUAGCACUUAAACUUUGUGGGGACAGCAUGUCAGGACCUUCAGUUCCUUGGUCAGAAACCAUGUUGGUUUGCUGCUUCUUUCAUUAGCACACUUUUUGUUUCUGUAGUUUUACAGCUGCUAGAUCAAAUUUUACUAUUCUUAUGGGUGGUUGGGGGCUAGUUAGCACAGUCGUCCAUGGUCAUGUAGAUCAAGUUCAUGUUACCAUCAUGGAGUUUGAUCCCCGCUCUGAGUUUGACCCUCAGUGUGCCUGCUCACCACCUAAUGUUUAACAAAAUUACUGGGGAAUAAUCAUCAAAGACCUGCCUUCGGGUGUAGAAGCUAAUAACUAAAAUGCGGUGUAGAGAUUUUGGAGUCUAUUGAUUUUUAUUUUUCAAGGCCAUAAAAUUGUCUAAACAAAAUGUAUUUGAUUUAGAACUUCAAUUUUCACAUGAUUGUCACACGUACCCCAGUUAAUUAGAACAGGGUAUUACCAAGUGUAACAAAGAAAAAUUACUGCUUCGGUUCAAUCUUAUCAAUUUUUACAGAAUGAAUCAGGAUAAUUUUAAGUUACUUGUUUAGAAACUUCCUGCCGAUGAAGGAAUAUUGCAAAUUCCCACAUUUCUAGAUCUUUAACACCCGCCCUCUGCUUCUGUAGGGCUGCUGAUGAGUUUCCAGUAUGCAAGACCCAGAUGGUGGCAGGCAUAGGUGUUACUGGUUGACCAGCAUUUAACGCCCAGCCCAAGUUCCCUUUGUGAAGAUAGUGGUGAGCUGCCUUCUUGAGCUAUUGCAGCCCACUUGCUGUGGGUUGACCCACAGUGUUGUUCGGGAGGGAAUUCCAGGAUUUUGACCGACAGUGAAGGAACGAUAACAAAUCGACAUUUUGAGUUAUCCUGUACAUACUGGUCAAUGUUACAAAGAGGAAAUGAUCGAUGAGACUUUGAGAGUCAAACUGAAACAACAGCAGAGAAAAAAACAGAAGGAAACGGAAGAAUUUGGUGCAAAAGUUUAAGUUGGAUCAGGUCAGAGCCAGGUACUUGAAGAAUACCAUCAUAUACCUAGUUGAGGUUUUGAAAUUUCUUUAUCAUUUUGUGUAAAAAUGCCAUCUAGAAAAAACAAAACAUAUACAGCAGCAUUUACAAUGAAAGUUAUUGAAGUUGCAGAGAAGACAAAUAGCUGUGUAGCAGCAAAAGAAUUUUGUGUUGCAGAGAAACUUGAGAGAGACUGGAGAAAGAUAUCAACCCAACUUCAGACAAUGCCAAAACAAAAAGUAUGCCAACAGAGGUAAGCGUAGCAAGUGGUCACAAUUGGAGAAAAAAGUCACUGAGCGGGUAUUUGAAAAUCGUCAAAAUGGAAGAUGUGUUAGUCAUGAAGCCAUCUGACUCCAUGCACGAAACAAUCAAAGGAAGAUGGAAUUUUGAAUUUCAAGGCGAGUGCUGGAUGGUGCAUAAGGUUCAUGAGAAGGCAUGAGUUAGUACUUUGUCAGAAAACAGACUGCACAAAAGCUGCCUGUUGAACUUGAAGAUUAGAUAUUAUAGUUUCAACAUUUUGUAAUCAGAAAGCAGCAGAAGGAAAGCUACAAGUCAUCAUGCAGUGGAAAGAUGAACAAAAUGCCUUUCACUUUCAACAUGCCAGAGAAUCGAACUGAGAACCAAAAAGGAGAAAAAACAGUAUUGGUGAAAACCACUGGCCUUGAGAAAAAUAGAUUUAGUUUAGUUCUUUCUUGUAAGGCUGAUGGCACUAAGUUAAAACUGGUGACUGUCUUUAAGAGAAAAACUUUGCCAAAGAAGACAUUUCCAAAAGGAAUUGAGUCCAUAUGCAUCCAUGAGGUUGGAUGGAUGAAGGUAGAUGUAUGAAAUAGAUAUAAGAAGUUUAGAAUCUACAACCUGGUGGACUACGCAAGGAAAGGAGUUUGCUCAUCUGGGACCAGUUUAGAUCACACCUAGCGAAGAAUGUUGUGAUAAAAUACGAUCACAAAACACUGACAUAGGCUGUAAUUCCUGGCAAGUGUUUUGCAAUCAAUGGGUGUUAGUAUCAAUAAGUUAUUUAAGGACACGAUGAGAAUGAAGUGGAAUAAUUGGAUGUACGAUGGAGAUGAAAACAUACAUGAGAGGAGGUACCAUGUGGGCUCCGUCACUGCCACUAAUCUGUGGAUGGUUCAUGUUCAUUUUCAAAUCAUUCAAGAAAUGUGGAAUUCUGAUUGCAUUGAAUGGUACAGGGGACAAUUAUCUAUGGAGUGACAUAGAUGAGGAAAUGGAUGAUGUGCUACCCCAAACUACGGACAGCGAAGAUGAAAAGGGUCCACAUGAUGAUAUAAUUCAUCCUGAUGAUGAUGAAGCUUUAUUCGGUGCUAAAGAUGUUGAACAGUGUAAUUUAGCGGGAUUUUAAUAAACUAUUUUUUGACGU